UGUAUGUGUAGUAUUACCGCACAGUUGUUAUUAUUGUUAGUGUUGUUAAUAGUGUUGUUGUUGUCAUCAAUUAAAUGCAAGACUCGCGCAAACUAUUAGCCGCCAUCGGUUUGCCAUCGGUUGGCCAGUUUGGUCUGCAGACCACUACCACCACGACAAGGCCCGCAACUGACUUUACCAUCGAAGCCAUUAUGGGUCGUACGGCUGCCGAUAGUGACCGGCCGUCACCACAAUUGGCCGUCACUGCCGAAGAUGAUGAUGACGACGACGACGACGACGAUGACAAUGGAUGUAUGGCUGCCGACAAUAAUUCAAAUCCUAAACUACACCGAAACAGAGCAUCUCAACAAUUGACUAGAAAUGUGUUGUCGGCGUCAAUAAAAUCCGAGUAUAAUAAUAAUAAUAAUAAUAAUAAUAAUAAUACAAAUAUAGGUAACUAUCCCCGGGUUGACGACACCUCCGAUUCACCCCCACUAUCGCCCGGCUGUUCUGAAUACGACAUAAAUCAUGCGAAAGCCGAUACUCGAUAG